UUACGUCUGAUAAGGCCAGGCCGUCAGCACGUGAGAUAAGACUUUGUAAACACUUUGCCGCGCAAUCCGGCCCUAGUCGUCAGCCACUGACUAUGAGAUGAACUCCCAUUCAUUCUGAGGAGAGGGAGUACCGUCUACGACUGAGGGGUGUUUUCCAAAUCACUACUGACGAGAAAACCCCCUGACUUAGAAAUAAUAGUUGAACCCAGUUUGGUAUAGAUUGACUGAAAACUUCCUUCUUUGAGGAAGAGGCACGUAACAAGUGGUCCACUUUUACUCAUUUAUCCAUGAAGUGUUUCUGGAUCCUCUAAAGUUCAUGGGUUUGUAGUGUGUCUCUUGAGUGGCGAGGAUCCUUCAGUGAGAGAAUUCGGUCAGCAGGGAAAUGGUAACAUAUUCUGCUUUACUGCAUUUCAGCUGCUGGUCGUGGAUUUUCCUUUGAUCUGUAUGCACCAUCGCCCCACUUGAAGACAUUUCAGAACUCAAUCUUAAAUUACUAAUUGAUAUUCUGCACCAGCAAGUGUUCCGAAGUUUGGAUUCGGUCUCAAGCUUGAUUUCCUCGUCAUUUAUAUGUUGAAAUAAAUAUCAAUAUCUUUAAAUAAUCGACCAAUCGAGCUUCACUUCUGGGAAUUAUAGAAGUCAUAAAUGUGUAAGGGCUUCAUAGCUCUUAGCCGAAAACUUUCAAUAAGGAAUAUCAUCCUUUCUUAGAAAGGCACCAAGCUCAGCCUUACAAACGCAACAAUUCCUUUGGGAGGGUACACCACCGAUUAAGGCUUUUGCAUUGAUUAAGACUCUUGUCUUCAACAUACUUUCAUCGACGAACAUUGAACAAUCAUCAGAGACGCCAGGAAGGGGUACAGUAUUGUAGUACCUGCUGCUACUUCCUUCCUUGCAUCAUGAGACUUCAGAUAUUGCUGGCUUUGGCCACAUUGUUUGUUUGCUGUACACACGGAAUGCUGUCACUGUUGUCAACUGGGCGUGGUCUCCCGAAGCACCUCCCAGUCCUGUGAGAGUCCAGGCCUGGGCGAGCCGUGUGACAUCAAAUUCCAGGAAUGUUGCCGAGGACAGGAGUCUGGAAACGUUUCUUUCAGUGGUGGUAGUCACACUAAGCGAUCCAAUAUACCUGGCGAGGACCCAGACUCAGAUGGAGCAAGUCAUAAGACCAGCAACAACAACAACAACAACAUCCCGUCAGUUGCACCAACCGUGGAUGACGGCACCACCAACAGCAGCAGCAGCAGCAACUCCAGCACCGGCGAGACAGUUGUCGAUGAGGACGACAUCGACGAGUGCACCAUCUACUCUGGUCAACUCUGCUCCCACCUGUGUGUGAACACAGCCUUAGGGUUUUAUUGCGACUGCCCCCCGGGACUCACCCUUGACCCCUUAGACAACAGGACGUGCCUGGCAGUGGAUGGAAGCGGGGUGCCCGGUGACAAUGUUCUGGCGAACUGCCACGACAACAACCCGUGUGACCAGCGCUGUGUGGAGAAGAUAGGCGGGGGCGUGCAGUGCCGCUGCUAUGAGGGCUACAGACUGGCGCUAGACGCCAUGGCGUGUGAGGACAUCGACGAGUGCGCCGAGAACCUGGCCCAUUGCGCCCCGAGCCAGAUCUGCGUGAACACACCUGGUCGCUUCACCUGCAUGUCCUCCACCUGUCCAGCCGGCUAUGACCUUGACCCCAGCACGGGUCGCUGUAAGCCAGGAAAGGAGCAGUGCGCCCUCGGGUUCAAAUACAGCCCGAAAACUGGUCGCUGCGAAGACUUAAACGAGUGUGGUCUGGGCAUCGACUCGUGUGGCCCGGGGGAGCGCUGUGAGAACACUGUAGGCUCCUACACGUGCAGACGUGAGCGCCACUGUGGUACAGGCUACACUCUAGAUGAAGAGUCACAAAGAUGUCAGGAUAACAACGAGUGUGAACUGGGCACACACAACUGUGGUGGAGGUUACAAAUGUCAGAACAUCCAGGGUUCAUUCCGUUGUGUGCCCAAACCCUGUGAGGAAGGUUACCGCUUUGAUCGUGUCCUGGAGGAGUGCGUCCUGGUGCAGUGUCCGGUGGGACUCAAACCCAACCGCGCGGGUAACUGCGUAGACAUAGACGAGUGUGACCGCGGAACUCACAAGUGUGGCCCGGAGCAGCAGUGCAUCAACAGACAGGGAACUUACUUCUGCCAGUGUCCCAGGGGCAUGAGGCAUGACAACACGGGCAGCUGCGUCGACAUCGACGAGUGUACCCAGUUCCGGGGCCGCGGUGGUCGCUCUGGCGUGUGUGGGGGCCGGUGUAUCAAUCUGCCGGGGUCCUACCGCUGUGAGUGUCCUGAUGGAUGGAGACUCAAACCCGACAGCCGCUCGUGUGAAGACAUCAACGAGUGCCGGGAAGGUAGCGCGUACUGCCCCCACUCGGAGAGUAUGUGUAUCAACACCAGAGGAGGCUACAAGUGUCCCGUCGUCAGGUGUCCAGACGGGUUCAUCAAGACCAACGGGACGGCACACAAGAACAGAGAGCUGAUUACUGAGGAGGACGGAGUUGUGUGUGGACGAGAAGAUUGCAAGGCGAGGGAUCUAGCUUGUCUCAGAAACAAAACCAAGACAGUCACCUGGCAGUUUCUGCCUUUGCCCAGCUUGGAGUUCAUCGGGUCUCCUUUGACCUUACUCAACAUUCGCACGGUGGGAUACUCCGUGUACCCUAAUCUACACCUGGGCAUCAUCCGCGGUAACGACGAAGGCCUCUUCGAUACCACCGUGUCAGGGGAUAGAGGGGCACUCAGACUGCUUCGCCCUCUCAAAGGCCCCGCAGACAAAGAAGUGGUACUAGAACUGGAGAACCGAGAUUUCUCGGGGAAGAACGUCAUUUCCCGUCACGUGACCCACGCUCGGAUAUUGGUAGGCGACACGCCAUUUUGAACCGACAGACCCGAACACCAAUAAGAAGGGUGCUUCUUAACCAGACGAGUAACUCUCCGAUGUGGGAAAGAAGAAACUUUAGGAGAGGCUGAAACCAGAGGAAGAACUUUCAAAAACCACAAGAAAGUUAACCGGAGUAAAUUGAAACUCUGACUCGCAUCGGCCUCAAUUCUUUCUAUUUUUGUUGUGUAACAGGCAUUCUUAGACAUUCUGUAUUACAUCACAGAAAAAGAGUCACUGAUGUUUCUAAAGAGAACUUUCAAAUUAGCCAUUUUGUGGAAGAGUGUCUGAAUGCUCAGAGACGGACAAUGAGAUGAACAUUAUACCAGGGAAAGUCACAUGCAACGAGGGAACUAUUAUGAUGCCUUCACGUGUAAACCUUUUGUCCUCAGAAAAAUAAUUAAAUGAAUAAGCUGACCUGUGG